CAGGGUAAACACCCGUCCAUGGGCGCUGUCUCCGGAGGCUGCAGCGCCGGGCCCGGCACGCGCCGCCGUCCCGCCGGCCCGGGGGCGGAGUCUCGGCGCCGCCACCCGCCGGCCGCCGGGCUGCAGACAGUGGCAGCGACGGCGGCCCGGACGUCGGACAUUCAGUGCUCCUCGCUCGUGGCUGAGACCCCGCGACACACAUCGACACGGAACGAAAGGGAACGCGCCGGCGCGCGACGGGUCACUGCUCGACAAUGGUCGCGUCGCAAGCGGCGGUGCUGCUAACUCUUGUCGCCUGCCUGACCUGCCGUCUGGCUGCGCUGCCUCAGGGCCACAAAAUCGUCAGAGACGACUACGCCUACAGCCGUCAGUACAUGUACGGCCGACGGGACCACGGUGCCAUGCAGAUGCACGGGACGGACAAGCGCGGCCAGGCGCCCUGGAGGGCCGGCGUCAAGCGCGGCUUCUACGGCAUGUACGACCACUAUAUGAUCGGUCGCGUCCAACCUCUGGAGAAGGGAGACGCGGCACCGGGCCAGCCGCAGGCCGCCGAGGUCAAAGGAUUUCCGAUCGGCGUGGCGUCUGACGGAGCCGCCAGCCGAGUCAGCCGGCCGGUUCUUCUGCUCCUGGUGCUGCCGCUGCUGGCGGUGGUGUGACGUCAUAAGCCCGAGAGAGACCGUUCAGUGACGUCAUUAGUGCAGUGACCGAUCAGUGAUGGAACAGUGGGCCAGUGGCUGAGACGUUCAGGAACUGUCCAAGACUCUGUGUUGAGUGUAGAAGAAGGAAGGGCAGUAGCUGUGCCCGUCUAUGCUGAUUUUCUAUGGCUGGCUUAUUAUCUGGCACCUCUUAUUUUUGAUGAUGUGCUGAAUGUAUAGCGGUGAUAUUUUGAACCGCUAGUUAGAAGCAAGGAGUGAGAGUAUGACUGAGGCCCCGACUGUUCCGCCAUGACUGAUGAAUUACGAUGUAAGACUGGAGAGGAGAUGUGAAUCGUUCAAAAUUGCACUCUGUUUUAAGCGUGCAAGUAUAAGGUUAAGUUAUGUAACGUUGAGCGAGUAUAUGGUAUUUAUUUGUUCUUCGUAUUGCAACUAGUUAUUUCGAGGUAUUUUAUAUAUUCACAAACAUUUCGAUUUGCAUCGCCGAUCACAUUUGCUGUCGGUUGUCCGCAACAGCAUGGGCAGACCUUUCAUUUUUAUUUAUUUUUGUAUUUAUUUUUUUUUAUGAAUCGGAACCUUUUGUGGUUCCUGCGAUAUGUUAAGGUACAUGUAUGUAUGACGUUCAUCUGGAAGUACUUUUUUCGCGACAGUUUCACUUGAUAUCAUUUAUUCCAAAUCACAGUACCUAUGUAUGGAAUUGGAUGCAUGAAUUUCAAAUGUAUUGACUAUUGAGUGACACGGGAUGCCUAGUGAAGUGACUUUCUCAUUCUGCCGCGUGAAAUGCGAAAGAUCUGAUGGAAACAAAAACCGUAUGUUUAUUUGGCCACACGCUAUUAUGAAAUGUUGCGACAGAUGUUUCAUUGUUGUCAAUAAAAUGCGACACCCCCAAAACAAAUGUCACCUAUGUCUCCAUUUAGGUGUUCACCGUGCCCCCCCCCCCAUUUGGUUUUGCCAUUUUAACAUUAGCCCUAUGGGCGUCGUUGCAUGGAAAAGAAUAGGACCAAAACUCGGCAGUGGCACCCCCCCCCCCCCUAAUUGAAGGUGUUCCGCCGCCACUGCUCGAGUUCCCGUCUCCCGUCCCGAGCUACUGAAAACGGAAAAAGGCAAAAGCAUUUCCGAGCUUCACAUAGCAAGCCCGAAUCCUUUCCCAUGUACGAUCUCCCGAAUAUGAUUUGAUAUAUCCACAGUGUACAUAAAUAGAUAUAUCAAUUUGCCUUGAUAUAACCGACAUGAAUACAUGGGUACAAGCAUUUUGUUCUAAUGACGUAAUUUACUGAUGAGCAGGUUGACAACAGCCGGUUUCAUACUUGUACCUAAAUUUUCGCAACCUUGACUCGACACGCACGUGGUGGUGGCGGCGCUGCUGGGUUGUGGGUUGUGAUUGUUAAUUUCGUUAAUUUCCGCAUUGGUAAUUUCAACCACACGCAUAAGAUGGGAAAGAAAAGCCUGAACACCUCUGAAGCUGGGGAGGCUCUGGAUGCCUCACAAGUUGAAUCUGGUCUAAGCUAUGAAGAGAAGUUGAAGUUUGUCAACAGAAUUGCAAAACCAAUGGCAUCAAAGAAGCUUGCAAAGAAGUUGAUGAAAAUGAUCAAGAAAGGAAGCAAGCACAAGGGCCAGAUCAGAAAUGGACUGAAGGAUGUCCAGACAAGGUUGAGGAAGGGUGACACAGGUAUCGUGGUGUUCGCCGGCGACGUGACUCCGGAAGACAUCAUGUGCCACCUGCCGGCCGUCUGCGAGGACAAGUCGAUCCCGUACGUCUACGUGGCCAGCAAGGACGACAUCGGCGGCGCGCUGGGCAGGAAGAAGGGCUGCAUCAUGGCGCUGAUCCAGCCGCACGGCGACUACUCGGACGCGUUCCAGGAGUGCUCUGAGGAAAUUCGCCGGCUGCCGCUGCCCGUGUAGUGAUGGGGUGACCCGCGUGUGUAUGGUGUGUCGGGUGUUGACAGCCGAGUGGUCGGGACGAGAAUGGCAAGCCGAUGUCUCAGUUCUCUGAAGGGUGUGUGCAUGAUGUGUGGUUUACCAAGAGGUGAGAUGAGUGACGAUGACUGAUGAGGACGUGGUGACUGAAAACUGGACCAAUCAGGUUUCCGCGGGACCGUGUCGGAACUGCUCACGUGCCGGCGUGGUUGUGAAAUGCCGAGUGCGUGACGUCAUGAAGCCGCGUGGUGAAGGUGUUGUUUACAUGUCAAAGCUCCGGCUGAGUCUCUGAGAGGGGAGUGGGGCGGGCUAUUUCGUGCCAGACGAGAGUGGUGGGAAUUCGGAGGCGAAGUAACUGAUACAUUACAGCGACGGUGACAGAAGAUGAGCCGUCUCUGGACGAUUCCGAACCUGUAUGUUUUUCGACAUGUUUUGAUUCAGCGACUUUUUGUAAAAAAAAAAGGCAUCGGGUCAAAAAAGGAAGCUGCCAUUUGUUGCGAAAAUGUAACCUCCGAUUCACUUUGGAAUAAAUAGGUAACCAGGAUAAA